AUGUCUGCUCUGCUGCGGAUUUGUGCCGUGCUUCUGCACUUGGGAAUCCCCAGCUGCACUGCCAGAGGAUGGACGUCAUGGGAACACUGCACAGAUCUACGUCCUUUAGACAUUCUGUCGGAAGUGAUCCCUUCUAAUGGAAGAACAACUGGAAUAAGGAUGAUCCAGGCCCAGGGAGCCCGCGGAUUCCAGUUCUCGGCAUCCACUCCCCAAAUCCUCAGCUUUCCCGCCUCGCGGAUUUUCCUCAACUGUGACCUCUUCCCUGAGGAAUUUUCCAUCGUUGUCACCUUGAAAGCUGUGAAACCUCUGCCCAAGAAAAAUGAAUACAUCUUUACUGUGAUUGAAGAGCAGAGCAACAUGCUGAUGCUAGGACUCCGGUACUCUCGAAAUAAAUUCCACUUCCUUUUCUGGAGCAAAGAAAAUUCCGGUGGUUGGCAGACUCGGGUCACUUUCCGUGACAUUACCGUGAUGGACAACCAGUGGCACACGCUGAUUUUGGCCGUGUCCGGAGGGUCCUUUUCUCUCACUGUGGACUGCAGCUUACCCACAGACAUGGUUAUUGAUACACCCUUCCCGAUGACACUGUCUAUGAAAGGAUCCAGGUUUUUCAUUGGAAGCAGGAGACGAAAGAAAGGCUCCUUUACUGGGUUGUUAAGACAAGUGGUUCUGUUGCCAGGCUCUGAUGCUACCUCAAGAAUGUGUCCUAGCAUGAAUGCUAAGCUGGCUGUGCUCUCCAUCCCUGCAAUUCUACAAGAUCUCCCAAGGAUACAGGAGGACAAUGAGGUGCUAAAAUAUCCUUAUGAAGCUGAUAUGAAAGUAACCCUUGGAUCCCGCCCUCACUGCACCAAAAUGGAAAGUGCCCAAUUUUGGUUUGAUGUUUCUCACAAGGGGCUAUAUUUUUGUGAUGGAAAUGAGUGGAUUGCCAUGAUAGAAGCCAAAGAGAAGUUGGACUAUGUGGAAGAAUAUCAGAACCUGGUCACUAACUCUGAAACCAUGGGCAUUGAGGUCUUCAUCAUUCCCAAGGUGGGGCUUUUUGCUGCCACAGCCAAUCGACUCACUAGUUCAGCCAUCUAUAAAUGGACUGAUGGAAAGUUUAUUUCUUAUCAAAACAUCCCCACCCACCAAGCCCAGUCUUGGAGAUACUUCACUAUAGGAAAAAAGAUCUUCCUGGCAGUGGCUAAUUUGGAGCAGAAUCUAAAAGGUCAGGAGUUCUCGGUAAUUUACAAGUGGAGUCACAGAAAGCUGAAGUUCAUCACCUACCAGAGGAUCAAUACCCACAGCGCUAGAGAUUGGGAGGCAUUUGAAAUUGAGGGAGAGUUCUUUUUGGCUGUCGCAAAUCACCGAGAAGGAGAUAACCAUAAUAUCAAUAGUGUCAUCUACAAAUGGAACCCAAGAACUGGGCUUUUUGAAGCUAAUCAAACCAUUGCUACCUCAGGAGCUUAUGACUGGGAAUUUUUUACUGUUGGACCAUACUCAUUUCUGGUUGUUGCUAAUACAUUUAAUGGCACAUCCACUAAGGUCUACUCUCACGUGUACAUCUGGCUCAUUGGAUCCUUUCAGCUUUUCCAGUCAUUUUUGACUUUUGGUGCUGUGGACUGGGAAGUCUUCUACAUUGGAGACAGAAUCUUUCUGGCCGUGGCCAACAGCCACAGUUAUGACAGUGAAACUCCAAUACAAAAUAACUCCUAUGCCAUCAACUCAGUCAUCUAUGAGCUCAACAUCACUGCUCAGAUGUUUGUCAAAUUUCAGGAUAUUCUCACCUACAGUGCUCUGGACUGGGAAUUUUUCUCAAUUGGAGAAGACUAUUUUCUGGUGGUAGCCAACUCCUUUGAUGGUGAUUCCUUCUUUGUGAACAGUAUUAUAUACAGGUGGCAAGGUUACGAAGGCUUUGUAGCAGUUCACAGCCUUCCAACGUUUGGAUGUAGGGAUUGGGAGGCUUUCAACACAACCACAGGCUAUUACCUCAUGUACUCCAGUGCCAAGGAACCGCUCUCUAAGGUUCUGAGACUGAAAACUGUUUGA